AUGUGGCAGGUGACUGUUCCCAAUCUUGCCUUGAGCCAGCCCUUCUUAAGGCACGGGUUGCUGGCAUUGGCAGCGAUGCAUAUCCGUCACACGUCUCCAUUCCCUCUGCAGUCAACGUACCUUGACCUCGCAAGUCAACACCAGGACAGAGCGCUGGAGGGAUAUAUCCCACAGCUCGAACAUAUCUCGGCGGAGAAUUGUCACGCUCUGUUUGCGUUUUCAGCCCUGCUUCUGUCCAUACAAUACUCGUUCAUCUCCGGGUUGGACAGCGACGUUGACGGCCACGAGUACAUUGCCGAGGUCAUUUCGGUCUUCGAAUAUGUGAUUGGCGCGACUGUGAUUGCCUCUGAAGGCGAAGUAUGGCUGCGACAAGGUGGCUUGCAGCCUUUGAUGGCGAGGGAGACCGAGCCUCAAAGUAUCCUCCCGGGAUUAAUCGAGGGUCCACGGACUGCCCUUAGCAGUCUAUUGUCGUACGUACAGCAAUUGGGCGAGAACCAUGAGUUGAGCGUCGCCAGUCAAACAGCAGCCAACAGCCCCGUCUAUGUGCGUAGCAUCGACAUGUUGACGAAUGCUUUUCCCUCCGCAGACAGCGAGCGUCGCAUCUUUGACGACAUGAUCGGUUGGCCUCAUUACGUAGGUGCAGACUUGGUUCGACUGCUCCGAGCUCAGGAUCAAAUGGCACUCGUGAUCCUUGCACACUACGGUGUGGCGCUCGAUGCGUUUAGAGACAUCUGGUGGUUGGACGGUGUAGGUGCUCGCCUGGUGCGUGCCAUUGCAAGUGUGCUGCCGGUCGAGUUCGCUCCGCUGGUCCAAUGGCCACUUGAUCAGGUCUCGACGGGGCCACUAUUGCAACGAAUGUACAUAAUGUGA